AGCCUUAGCCCAAUCACUGAAAGUCGAGUUUAAAAAAACAGAUUGAUGGCAAGAAAGCAAGGAAGAACAGAGCUACCGCCAAUGCACGAGGAAAACCACAUAUACACAUCAAAUAGAAUCCCCUGCUUGGAGACAGCAGGUUGCCUCCGACUACCCGAGGAACGCCGAGCUCCCCAAACAGGAACUUUAAAGGGAUUGUUAUCUGUUGCCUGUUCCACUAGGAAUAUUGUUUGCAAGGCACAAGGUGUCUUUUGGUAGUGAGCACCCUUUGCGCAUGCGCAGGUCCACUCGGGAAUUACUGCCCAGCCGCCGACUAAGUUGCAUUCCUUGAAUCUUCGCAGAAAAGACAAUUCUUUAAUCAGAGUUAGUAAUGUGGACAGUACAAAAUAGAGAGAGUUUGGGGCUUCUCUCUUUCCCUGUGAUGAUUGCCAUGGUCUGUUGUGCACACAGCGCCAAUGAACCCAGCAACAUGUCAUACGUGAAAGAGACAGUGGACAGAUUGCUCAAAGGAUAUGACAUUCGCUUGCGACCGGACUUUGGAGGGCCCCCAGUGGACGUAGGCAUGCGGAUCGAUGUCGCCAGCAUAGAUAUGGUCUCCGAAGUGAACAUGGACUAUACCCUCACCAUGUAUUUCCAACAGUCUUGGAAAGACAAACGGCUUUCUUAUUCUGGAAUCCCUCUAAACCUCACCCUAGACAACAGGGUAGCAGACCAGCUCUGGGUGCCAGACACCUACUUUCUGAAUGACAAGAAGUCGUUUGUGCAUGGAGUCACAGUGAAAAAUCGAAUGAUCCGACUGCAUCCUGACGGAACAGUUCUCUAUGGACUCCGGAUCACAACUACUGCCGCAUGUAUGAUGGAUCUUCGAAGAUACCCUCUGGAUGAACAAAACUGCACCCUGGAGAUUGAAAGUUAUGGCUAUACCACUGAUGACAUUGAGUUUUACUGGAAUGGAGGAGAAGGAGCAGUAACAGGAGUUAAUAAAAUUGAGCUUCCUCAGUUUUCAAUUGUUGACUACAAGAUGGUGUCCAAGAAGGUGGAGUUCACAACAGGGGCAUAUCCACGACUGUCACUAAGUUUCCGUCUAAAGAGAAAUAUUGGCUACUUCAUUUUGCAAACCUACAUGCCUUCUACGCUGAUUACAAUUCUGUCCUGGGUGUCUUUUUGGAUCAAUUAUGAUGCAUCUGCAGCCAGAGUUGCACUAGGAAUCACCACUGUGCUGACAAUGACAACCAUCAGCACUCAUCUCAGGGAGACCCUGCCAAAGAUCCCUUAUGUCAAAGCGAUUGACAUUUACCUGAUGGGUUGCUUUGUGUUUGUUUUCCUGGCUUUGCUGGAAUAUGCCUUUGUAAAUUACAUCUUCUUUGGGAAAGGCCCUCAGAAAAAGGGAGCUAGCAAACAAGACCAGAGUGCCAAUGAGAAGAACAAACUGGAGAUGAAUAAAGUCCAGGUCGACGCCCAUGGGAACAUUCUCCUCAGCACCCUGGAAAUCAGGAACGAGACCAGCGGCUCAGAGGUGCUCACGGGCGUGAGCGACCCCAACACCACCAUGUACUCCUACGGCAGCGCCAGCAUCCAGUACCGCAAGCCGCUGAGCAGCCGCGAGGGCUAUGGGCGCGCCCUGGACCGGCACGGGGUGCCCAGCAAGGGGCGCAUCCGCCGGCGCGCCUCGCAGCUCAAAGUCAAAAUCCCCGACUUGACUGACGUGAACUCCAUAGACAAGUGGUCCCGAAUGUUUUUCCCCAUCACCUUUUCCCUUUUUAACGUCGUUUAUUGGCUUUACUAUGUACACUAAGAUCUGUCCUAAUGGUUCAAUUUAGACUACUUUCCUCUUGUUUUUUAACCCCCCAGGUCCCCAACAGCGAUACUGCUGUGUUUUUUGAGGUAAGAGAUUCAGCCAUCCAACGGGUUUUAGGUCUUGCAUAUCGAUUUUAUUACUGCACCAUGUUUACUUCCAAAAAAAAAGUAUUUUUUUUCCAGUCUACUGUGGUCCAGGUUAUCAGCUCUUUAAGAGCUCUAUUAAUUGCCAUGUUUACAAACAAACCACACAAGAGAGGAGUUAGGAAGAUCUUUAGCAGUCUUUCCUAGUUGCCCUGGAUUUAUAUACAUAUAUAUAAAAGAGCCUCGCUGUUCACCUGCACUGCUUCCUGGUAAACUGUAACAUUCUCAUGCUGCCAAAAAAAAA